UAGUUAAAGAGGUUGGACAGCUUGUUGGAACGAGACCAGAGGAAACAGACAGAUAGAAAUUUAAGGAGAGAAAAAGCUUGGGUGCUGCAAGGAAGUUUUAGUACCAUAUAUGUACUGUGUGCUGUGCAAGGCACACUGUAAACAGUAUCCCCAAUGAGUUUAAGUGAAAAAACUAAACCACAGCCAUGGGAGUGCGAGGACUACAAUCCUUUUUGGAGGGCCAUUGUGGCCAAGCAUGCUACUCUGUCAACUUAGGGAAGGUUGCUGAUGAUUACCAAAAACGCACUGGCAAAGCCCCCCUCAUCGUUGUGGAUGGCAUGUCAUGCCUUCGAAAGCUUUAUGGCCGUCUUAAUUGGAUAUGUGGAGGGCAGUGGAAGGGCUAUGUAGAUCAUAUCCAGGAAUUUUACCGAAGUCUCAAACAACAUGGUAUCAAAUUGGUUUUCUUCUUUGAUGGCAAUACUCCCGAGCGCAAGCGAGAGACCUGGACUCACCGCAGGCUGGAGAAUCUGAAGGAUGUAACAAAUUACUUCAACAUGGUAAAGGCAAACAAGGAAUUGGAACAUGGGAAACAUUUUUUUUUACCCACAGGACUCGCAGCUUUUACCCCUCUCAUAGUUAAGGAUAUUUUGGGCUGUCAAGUUUAUACCUGUCUGGAUGAGUGUGAUAAAGCCGUUGCAGAAUAUGCCAAGAAGCAUGGAGCAAUGGGGAUCCUUGGACAAGAUUCGGAUUACAUCAUUUACAACACUUCUUAUUAUUAUUUUUCCAUCAACCAUCUUAACCUGGAAACAUUAGACACGAUCAUGUACGAUCGUAAUGCGUUGGCAAGAAUGCUUCGGAUAACUGUUGACCAGCUGCCCGUGUUGUCUUGUCUCAUUGGUAAUGACGUGAUUCACCAGGAGCAGUUGAUUAUGUUUCACCAACAGUCUCUUAAAAUGUCUAGUCAUCACCAUAGACAUAGUAAUAGGCCUCCACCUGAGAUACUCAUCCCCAAAGUGGCCACGUUUAUGAACACGCAACCCUCCAUGGAUCAGCUUUUGCAACAGUUGCCACUUUUGGCAAGAGCAGUGUUCAGGGAUGAAAGUCGAACCCCAUUGUUGGUGGAGGGUAUUAAAAUGUAUCACUUGAAUCUUGACGGUCCUGAUGAGUAUACCGACAUAGAAGAUUCACCGGACUUGGAUAUUUGUGAACGUGUUCGGAGACGACAUAUCAAUUCGGAACUUGGGCGCCACCUGUUCACAAUUCUGCGUGGAGAACCGUAUGAAUCAUCAACAACAUUAGAAGAUUACACUACAUCAUUACCAUCUGGUGCCAUUGUAUUUCAGCCUCUUAGAGCAAAAAUUUACAGAAUACUUCAGAAGUCAGUAAAUGAUGCUUGGACACAAGUACCUGAAUGGUGUAUGUAUUCUGGCAGCACUCUUAAGGAGCCAGAUUUCGUUGACCCUGUGGAACUUGAUGAUGGGACACCUUCAUUAGAGGAGCUAUGGAAUGGAGAACGAGACUUAAAAUGGAAGACCUUUUGCGACUGCAUUCAUCCAGUGCUAAAGGACACACGAAUUUCAACACUUCCUCCACAUCAUGUAGUGCCAGUUGCUAUAUUGUUUUAUUUGCAGUGCAGCCAGCCGAAGCCAAUUCUUAAAGACUGGGAGAUGAAUGCAUUGCUUGCUACACUGAUAUCUCCAGUACGAGAGGAUCUUCUUCAGAUUCGUACCAUAGCAUUAGCCAGAAUAGAUGCUCGGGCAGUACACAUAGCAGCAAUAUUUAUGAAAGGACUUGUUAAUUUGUAUUUCCUUAUUGCUGCUUGUGAUUUUCCAGUUGAACGAAAAUAUUGUGUACCAUGGGCAUUCUGGGAUGGAAAAGUAUUCCACAGUUUAUAUAUCCGUGCAAAAAAUGGAGCAAAAGUAGAGGACCUAUGUGAACACAAGGAUGAAGUUCUAAAAACCUUCAUGGAACUGAAAACCUUAAUUCUGCCCCAUAUGCCACCACCUCUUUCCAUUGCCAAGAGCUCAAAUUCUCCAGAACAUCGAAGUAACACACCACAAGGAAGCCCAAAGAAGAAACCUAAUUUGGGAACAGAUGGAUUAAAGUCUCCCCCAGGCACUCCUGGCCUUGAGCCUCCCACUUCUUUAGCAAUCAAUAAAAAUGUCCCAGGUAACCAAACCCACUCACGAGGUUCCUCCCCCGCCAUAUCACCCAGUUCACCUCAUGCUCAUAAGAUAGGCAAGACAGGACAAAAAUCACCACUCCCUAUAGCAAAGUCAUCUGCAGCCAAAUCUCCAACCACCAAAAAUCCACCUGCAAAAUCCCCAGCUAAAUCUCCAAAAAAGAUGGCUUCAUGAUCACUGAAUGAAGAGUACUACGGAGCGUUUGUUGGUAUCUCAAAUGCAGUGGCUAAGUUGUUCAUGGUCAGCUAUGAAAGGACAAAUUUUCUCUCACUGUUUAUUGCAUGCUUCAUUGAUUCAUAGCUUUGGCAUAGAAUGUUUCCAUUUAAGCCACCAUAUGAAGUGGAUAAGCACAACUUUUUAUUAGAUGUCAAGUAUGUUGCGAGACGAACAUUUUUUUCUAUCUGGGGAGUUUGAGACUAGUGUGUCCUCUUAAGAGUUUCUUUAAGCCUCUUUUAUGAAAUUUAAUUGUAGUCUUUGAGUGCAUGCGAUAUAAUUGGCAUAAUAGUAUUUGCCUUAUAGGUUAACAACAAGCCUUUUCCAAGCUGCUCGUCCAUGUAAACCUAAACGGAUUUUCAAUUAAUGUGAAUACAGUAGUGUAUCGAUAGAUCAGUAUCUCCAUACUUUGUUAUCUAAAUAGGUAGAGAUGUGUAGCUUCAUCAUUAAGAGGGAAAAUUAUUUCACCAUACAAUUAUUACUUAAACUUAUGAAAAAUCAUGGAAUAUGUAAGUUGUAUAUUUCUUUUACAUUGAUGCACCUGUGAUGUGUAAAAUGUGGUGGUAUUAUGCAAAACAAAAAGUUUAUUACUGAAUUCUAUUACUGUAUGUAUAAUUUGCCAGAAUGUUAAUAAAUCUAUUAUAUGUGAUUUAAGAAUAUAUUUUUCAUUUCA